AUUUUAAUUCAUUAAUUCGGCUUCGCGCGUGCUAAACAUUUAUGUUGUUUUACGUUUUAAAAGUUAAUUUGUCAAUUUUAUCAACAAUAUAUUUCAUAUUUUUAUUCUAGAAAAUGGAAUUUCUUGAGUAUAAUGAUGUUACUGCAGAGAUUAAGGGUACUAUGGUACCAGGAAGACUAAAAAUGACAGAUCAAAGUAUUGUAUUCAAAAAUAGCAAAACUGGUAAAGUGGAGCAGAUAUCCGCCAAUGACAUUGAUCUUGUCAAUUUUCAAAAGUUCAUUGGAUCGUGGGGCUUGAGACUGUUUUUGAAAAAUGGCACUCUGCAUCGAUACGGAGGCUUCAAAGAAGGGGAGCAAGAAAAAGUAGCAAAGUUCUUUAAGAGCAACUACAAUAAGGACAUGCUGGAAAAAGAGCUUUCACUCAAGGGAUGGAAUUGGGGUACUGCUAAAUUUAAUGGUGCUGUACUUAGUUUCAAUGUCGGCUCUAACACCGCAUUUGAGAUACCCUUGCAUUAUGUGUCUCAGUGCAAUACUGGCAAGAAUGAAGUCACACUUGAGUUUCAUCAGAACGAUGAUACACCCGUAUCACUAAUGGAGAUGAGAUUCCACAUUCCAACAAACGAAUUAGCUGGUGACAUGGACGCAGUGGAAGCUUUCCACCAGCAAGUGAUGAACAAAGCCAGUGUUAUCUCUGUAUCUGGCGACGCUAUUGCCAUUUUCAGGGAAUUACAGUGUCUUACACCUCGUGGUCGUUACGACAUCAAGGUGUUCCAGACAUUCUUUCAGCUUCACGGUAAAACGUUUGACUACAAAAUACCAAUGUCGACAGUAUUACGACUCUUCCUAUUACCACACAAAGACACGAGGCAGAUGUUUUUUGUAGUCUCCCUAGACCCGCCUAUCAAACAGGGUCAAACAAGGUACCACUACUUGGUGUUACUGUUUGGUAUUGAAGAGGAAACCAGUCUGGAAUUACCCUUUACUGAGGAAGAACUAAAGGAAAAAUAUGAAGGUAAAAUCACAAAAGAAUUGUCUGGACCUACAUAUGAAGUGCUGACUAAAAUAAUGAAAGUUAUAAUCAACAGAAGAGUCACUGGACCUGGAGAUUUUCUAGGGCACCACCGCACGCCGGCCAUCGCGUGCUCGCACAAGGCGGCGGCCGGCUACCUGUACCCGCUGGACAAGGGCUUCAUCUACGUGCACAAGCCGCCCGUGCACAUCCGCUUCGAGGAGAUCGCCUCCGUCAACUUCGCGCGCGGCGGCGCCUCCUCCACCAAAUCUUUCGACUUCGAGAUUGAACUGAAAUCCGGCAGUAUCCAUACCUUCAGCAGUAUAGAGAAAGGAGAAUACGACAAAUUGUUCGACUACAUUACGUCUAAGAAGCUACACGUUAAGAACACUGGAAAGAAUGACAAGGCGCUGUACGACGACGACUUCGGCGACUCGGACACGGAGAAGGAGCCGGACGCGUACCUGGCGCGCGUGAAGGCCGAGGCCAAGGAGCGCGACUCCGACGACAGCGACGGCUCCGACGAGAGCACCGACGAGGACUUCAACCCCGACAAGGCCAGGGAGAGCGACGUGGCCGAGGAGUACGACACCAACCCGUCCUCUUCCGAAGAGUCCGACGCAUCAGGAGCGUCUGGUGACAGUAAGAAAGAAAAGAAGAAGGAAAAGAAACCCAAAAAGACUAUCACCAUUUCGGAGGCUCCUCGCAAACGCAAGGAGAAAUCGAAAAAACGCGAAAAGGACGCGAACGCGCCCAAGCGGCCCGCCACCGCCUUCAUGCUGUGGCUCAACGAGAACAGGAAGGGCAUCGUGGACGCGCACCCGGGCAUCAAGGUCACCGAGAUCGCUAAAAAGGGCGGCGAGCUUUGGAGGGACCUCAAGGAUAAGUCGGAGUGGGAAGAAAAGGCAAGCAAAGCAAAAGAGGAAUACAAUCAAGCGAUGAAGAAAUACAAGGAUAGCGGUGCAGCAGAUGAGUUUAAACAGAAGAAAAAGCAGGCGGAGAAGGAACGUAAAGCCGCAGACAAGAAGGCAAAGGCUCCACCUAGUAAGAAAACGAAGAACACAAGUGCGAGCUCGAGCUCAGGGAAAUUCACUAGUAAGGAGUACAUCGAGGAUGAUGACAGCUCCUCAGACUCUGGCAGUGAUAAGAAGAAGAAGGAGACUAAAGAGAGUAAAGAAACAAAGAAGGAUAAGCCAAAAGCUAAGAAUUCAUCAUCAGAAGCAUCGGCUUCAGAGACGAGCGGUAGCGGGAGCGACAGCGAUUGAAUUCUUAUAAAUUAUUCUAAGCCCUUGUUCAAAGCUAUAUAGAAAUUGGCGAAAUACUGAUUACGUUACAAACUACCAAUAGGAAUUUGAUGUUUGUUUUUUUUAUGAUAUGACCAAUAAUAUUGGCCAACAGUUCCUUUUAAGUUUCGUAUUAUAUUGAACAAGAAUAAUUUCUCAUGUAUAUGAUUUAUAACAAAAUAUAUGCGCUGGUCGCGUUCCGAUUCUGAUAAAAAAAAUUAACAAAGAAGAAAAUAUUUUAUGUGCUUUCCUAAGUACAUUAUAAUAUAAUGUUAGUGUAUAAUGUGAAAUGUUGAAAAUCUGCAACCAUUUCGUCAAUCGCUAUAUAACAGCUGAUCGGGUUUGUUUAAGAUAUCGUGAUAAAUUUAGUUAAGAUACGUUUUAGUAUGAAUAGACAUUAUGUAAUUCAUUUUAAGUACGUUAACAUGUAAUUGAAUUUAACUUCACUGUCCGAUAAGUAAACAAAUAAUAAAAUUGUUUCUUUAUAA